AUGUCUGCCGCUGAAGAGGAUUUGAUCGAUUACUCUGAUGAGGAGCUCGCAACAACAGAGGCACCAGCACCAGCUGCUGGCGCAAAUGGAGGAGUCAAGGGUGAUUCGGGAAAUUUGACCGUGUCUGGAAAUGCAGCUGCGGCCAAGAAGGGCAGUUAUGUUGGUAUCCAUUCGACUGGUUUCCGCGAAUUUUUAUUGAAGCCGGAGCUUCUACGAGCCAUUUCCUGGUGCGGAUUCGAACAUCCUUCGGAGGUUCAGCAAGUCUGUAUUCCCCAAGCGAUUCUUGGUACAGAUGUUCUAUGCCAGGCCAAAUCUGGUCUUGGUAAAACCGCCGUUUUCGUCCUCACAACUCUACAACAAGUCGAGGUAGUCGCCGGUGAAACAUCCGUACUUGUGAUGUGCCACACUCGUGAAUUGGCUUACCAAAUCCGAAAUGAGUAUCAACGUUUCUGUCACUUCAUGCCAGAUGUCAAGAUUGGUGUUUUCUACGGUGGAGUUCCUAUCAGCAAGGAUGUUGAGGUAUUGAAGAAUCCUGAGACCCACCCACACAUCAUCGUUGGUACUCCAGGUCGAUUGAACGCCCUUGUUCGAGACAAAUACUUGCGCCUCAACAGCGUUAAGGUUUUUGUUCUUGAUGAGUGUGACAAGAUGUUGGAUCAAAUUGAUAUGCGUCGCGAUGUUCAGGAAAUUUUCAGAGCCACACCACCACAAAAGCAAGUCAUGAUGUUCAGUGCUACUCUUUCUCAAGAGGUUCGACCUAUCUGCAAGAAGUUCAUGCAGAACCCUCUUGAAAUCUACAUUGAUAAUGAGACAAAGCUCACCCUUUAUGGUCUUCAACAAUAUUACAUCAAAUUAGAAGAGAGAGAAAAGAAUAGACGUCUCAAUGAGUUGCUAGAUGAGCUUUCAUUCAACCAAGUUAUCAUUUUCGUCAAGAGUACAGUCAGAGCCACUGAACUUGACAAGCUCUUGCGCGAGUGUAACUUCCCAUCGGUUGCUAUCCACUCUGGUGUUAGCCAAGAGGAACGUAUCAAACGUUUCAACGACUUCAAAGAUUUUAACAAGCGUAUCUGUGUUGCUACGGACGUAUUCGGUCGUGGUAUUGAUGUCAACAAGAUUAACUUGGCUAUCAACUACGAUCUCCCACCCGAUGCAGACUCAUACCUUCAUCGUGUUGGACGUGCUGGUCGUUUCGGAACCAAGGGUCUUGCUAUCUCAUUCGUUAGCAGUGAGGCGGACCAAGAGGUUCUGAAGGCUGUUGAGAAGAGAUUCGAAGUUGCACUUCCAGAGUACCCUGAGGGAGGCGUCGAUUCAGCCGCCUACACCAAGACUGACUAA